AUGGUAUUGACUCAUUCGGCUACAAGCGAUGGCUCUCAUAUUUUCCACAAUAAUCUCACAAAUAAAUAUCUCUUGAUUGCAAAUAAUGGCAACACCAUUGAAGUCUCAAGCUCUUACCCUGCUGGGUAUACACAAGAAACUAAACCAGAAGUCAUUUCAUGCAUUAUAGGUCUUAUUCGAUUGAAACUUGGAGCAUAUGUCAUUGUUGGUACCAAGCAUUCCGUUACAGGUUCAGUCUUGGGUAAUGACAUUGCAUCCAUUGAUGGAUACAGAAUCUAUGCUGUGGGCCAUAAUCAACUCUCCAACACUAGUGCCAGCACGGAAGAAAAGCAAUAUUUGGAACUUUUGAAUAAACAGUUGCGCAAUGCCACGUUGUUUUACUCAAUCCAUAAUAGAUAUGACUUGACCAACUCAUUACAAAAACAAUUCACUAAUCAACACCCUAAAAUUGACGACAGGUUUUGGUGGAACAAAUACUUGUCUGAACCAAUUGCCCACGUGGACUUGGGGUUUGAAUUUACCACGCCAAUUAUUUACGGUUACUUUAAAUCACACUCGACCAAGUUUAAUGGCAAGUCCUUGCAAUUUGCCUUGUUAACUCGUCGUUCAACUUCGAGGGCAGGCACCAGAUAUUUCCGUCGUGGUAUUGACAUUGACGGAAAUGUUGCCAACUUUAACGAGACUGAACAGAUAUUCACCUCAGAAGAAAACCACGUCUUUUCAAUUUUGCAAACAAGAGGCUCUGUACCCGUUUAUUGGGCUGAAGUGAACAACUUGAAGUACAAGCCAAAUUUGGAAAUAAGCUCUCAAUCAUCAAGAGAAGCAACUGAAAGGCACUUUGCCCAACAAGUUGCCCUUUAUGGAGACAACUAUCUUGUCAAUUUGGUCAACCAAAAGGGUUAUGAAAAGCCGGUUAAGGAUGCUUAUGAACAAGCAGUGGAGAAUUUACCAGAGAAAUUGCGCCAACACGUUAAUUACAUCUAUUUCGAUUUUCAUCACGAGUGCAAAGGAAUGAAAUUUUACAAAAUUGGGCUCUUGUUGGAACGCUUGACCAACUUGGGCUAUACCUCUGAUAAUUACUUUGAAAUCGAUCUUGCUACAAAGCAAAUUAUUAGUUUACAAAACAAGAUUGUUAGAACAAAUUGUAUGGAUUGCUUGGAUAGAACCAAUGUUGUUCAAGGUACAAUUGGUCGCUGGUUUUUGCAAACACAAUUGGUGAAACAGGGCUAUAUUUACAAUGGUAAACCAUUUGAAGCAAUUGAUCCCAAAUUCAAUUUGUUUUUCCAAAACUUUUGGGCAGAUAAUGCAGAUGCAGUAAGUUGUGCCUACUCUGGUACCGGUGCGUUAAAGACUGAUUUCACUAGGUUGGGCAAGAGAACGUAUAAAGGUGCAUUUGAUGAUUUCUGCAACUCUGUCACUCGUUACUAUAAGAACAAUUUGGCCGAUGGAAGCAGACAAGACUCUUAUGACUUGUUUCUUGGUAAGUUCAAGCCUUUCCAAGAUUCAGUUAAAUCACCAUUCAUUGAUAGAAAAGCACCCAUAUUUCAAUUAUUGCCGUAUUUGAUGGGAACUUCACUUUUGAUCCUCCUUGCAAUACUUUACUCACCACGGGGCUCGCUAUUUAGUUUUAAAAAUUUGUUCUUGAUUGGGUUGGUACUUUUUUUCAAUAUCAGAAGUUUACAAUAUAUUUUCAAGAAUGGGUUCCAAUUUGUCGAUUGGCCGAAAUUAGUUCCAUUGGAUUACUUGAAGAAAGAGGAAGUAUACGACGGUACUGGUAAGUUUGUUGGUAUCAAGUAUGACAAAACCGAACAUUUCAAAGGAAUUAGUAAGAAGAAGAAUUGA